UUUUGUUCUUUAAUCACCCAUACCAGAUGUUAAAAACUUAGACAAAAAAUGUCGUGGCCAAGUCAUGCAAAUUGUUGACAAAUUACUUGAAUAAAUGUGGUAAUGCUAGCAUGCAUGAUACACAGUUCACCACCAGAGAGGAAUCAAAACGUAAACCAUCUAUCCAUUCAGGAAAGAAUGCGGAAGCUUUGGUUUCAAAAUGCAAUGCUGGGUCACAUCAUACUAAUUACAUAGGAACAAUGGCUACCCAUGUUUCAGCUGAUGUUGUAAAACAUGUCACCUCACCAUACCAAAAGUUGCGACAUUCUUGUGAAUCAAGCAAUAAAAACCACUGGGAAAUUUCUCUUGGCAAACGCAUAGGGUUCUAUACAUUGCGUGGAGAACUUGGGUCAGGAAAUUUUUCACGAGUAAAAGCUGGGAUUCAUUUACUUACCAAAGAAAGAGUUGCAAUAAAAAUUUUGGACAAGCAGAAGAUGGACAAAAAGACAAAAUUGCUUCUUUCACGAGAGAUUUCAAAUUUGGAAGCUUUACAUCAUCCUCAUAUUAUUCAUUUGUAUGAGGUAAUCCAUACAGAAAAGAAAUUGUUCUUGGUGAUGGAGUAUGCUAGUGGUGGGGAACUUUAUACAAAACUUUCAACACAAGGAAAAUUAUCUGAGCCGGAUUCAAAAAUUGUUUUUUCUCAAAUAUUAUCAGCUGUGCAGCAUAUGCAUCAACAUAAUGUAAUUCAUCGUGACCUGAAAGCUGAGAACAUAUUUUACUCUGAGAAAAAACAUAUCAAAGUUGGAGAUUUUGGAUUUAGCACCACAGCAAAAUCACUGGGGGAAGCUUUAAAUACAUUUUGUGGUUCACCCCCAUAUGCUGCUCCAGAGUUAUUUAAGGAGGCGUUUUAUUACGGCGAGAGUGUGGACAUUUGGGCCCUUGGAAUUAUUUUAUAUUUUGCAGUAACAGGGUUGAUGCCAUUCAGAGCUGAAACUGUUGGAAAGUUAAAGAAACGUAUAAUAUCUGGACAUUUUAAUAUUCCAAACUACCUAUCCAACGAAUGUAAAGAACUUAUCCAAGCCAUUCUGAAGCCUGUGUCAUCAGAACGAAUUUCAGUGUCAGAGAUUAAAAAAUGUGCAUGGUUAACGGAGGUGGAAUAUCCAGCACCAAUGAACCGUUACAGGUUACAGCCGGAGAAUGUUGUUUUGACAACAGCUCUGCCACAGGAAGUUCAUGCUUUGCAAAUGAUGGGCAAGCUUGGAAUUAAUGAAAACGAACUUAAAAGAAUCAAAUGGAAUAAUAAGGGAGAUGAAUUGGAAUUAAGUGGGAAACAAGGCAAUCCACUGCUUAGUGAACCUUCCACUGUAUCUGUCUCUUUAUUAAAUGAAUAUAAUGCAAUGGUUGGCACAUAUAGGAUAUUAUUAAUGAGAGCUCACAAGAAGUUUUUAAGUCGCCUUCCAGUGAAGCAGGAACUAUAUUUAUGCGCCAGUUGUCAAAAAUUUAACGUGGCCAGAGCAGAUUGUCCCGAAGAAAAAGUUGUUUUACACAAAGAAGACAAUGUAAUGUGGAAGAUUCAACAGAAUAAUAACAAUCAAAAACCAAUAAAACCGACUCAAAAUCCAUCAACAGUUAAAUCUAAAUUCUGUUUGAUUUUAUAACUUAAGAAAGUUUGAGAAGUAUUAUAGGUUAUUAUGCUGUUAACAUGUUGCAUAGAAACACAUCACGUGUUCCUGAUUCAUCAGGAUUUGAGGUGAAAUGCGAAUUCUUCCAGAGUGUAUUUAUCAUUGGAAAAUGGAUCCUUCCUUUAAAAUGUUUCUUUAUUCUAAAACAAUGACAAUUGUAAGAUAACAAACUUUCCACUGUUCCUUUUUUUGUAUACACUAGUGAAACAUUGCUUUGUGAUAAAAACCAAUAUAUUUUUGUUUUGUAGUUUGCAUUGUUUUAAAACCUAUUGUUCAACAUAAAUCUCUCUGUAUGUUCCACAACAGAAAGAGAACACUAAAAUAGCAAAUAUUUAUUUUUAUGUUGAUCUUUGUAUAAAAUAAUGCAACGUACCUUGUUGGUUAAAAUUCACAUCAUGAAACGAACAUGAAUUAAAAACCUCA